CAGACUCAAUCGACACCCAAUCCAUCAUCGCUGAUGUUCUAUCCUGGGAAGCCGGUUAUGGAAGUUGGAAGUGCUGAUUUCCCCAAUGCUCGUACAGCUAUGAAUUCUCCAUUGGCAAAAGCCCUCUAUGGCAUUGAUGUGAGGUAGCGACAAGAGAUGAUCCCGCUCAUUGCGGUCACCAAGCUAGGGGAUGUUCAUUUCGAGAUCCAACUUGAUAGUUUCGGCCAAGCAACUAUGAAGAGGUCCACUUGUUGAUCAAUUCGGAUUGUCAUAUCACACGCCUUAAAGUUCUAACAAAUUCUUAAACUUUUGUCGGUAGUCCUUUGCUAUUUUAGUUUGUUUAAGAUUGACUAAUUCACCAAGAGAAUUUGUCUAUAGUGGUGGCCUGAAUCAUAGAUUGCAGUAUUCCUUAAAUGUAUUAAUAUUCAUUCUUAGUUCCUCUUAGUCCAACUGGUAAAACAUAAUUGUGCCUCUCUCAACAAAUGAAAAUGUUGCCAUCCUUAACUUAUUCUCCUCUCAUGUUCUUUGAUUGCAGAAAAGUUGUUCACAUCACUGAAGCCAGCUUAAUGGAUCCUUGGAAAAUACAAUUUAGUUUGAUAAGGUAUCAUCCGAGGAGCUACUGGAUGUGUUCCAUUCCUCUCUUGCAUCCCAACACCAAGAUUUUGAUUGUUGCUGCUGGUUCUUGUUCCCCCAUCUAGACUUUUUUUAAAGUUCUAUUGGCACUUAUUAAGAAUUCUUAUACCUGGUUAGAUAAAUUUUAUAAUUGAAUUCGACCCGCAAUUUCGACUACAUUGUUUUGGCCUCCAUAUGCAACUCUGCUUGCACCACUCUUGCCUCAUUCUGUUCUUGUUCCUCUUUGGAGAAGAAUCUCCAAUUCUUUGUUUGAGUUUGUCGAAUCUCUCAUAAUGUUUGGCUCUGAUACCAAUUUGUGAAGCUCAUGUGUUAAGGAUCAUGUCACUAUCUCUAGUGAAUAAAUGAAAGGAGCUUGAAGGAGGGAGCUCGUAACACCACAUGACUCAGUUUGGGGAGAGUCAAAACUCAAGAAUUGUAGAGUAUUCUGCUUGCUUUAUGUUAGUGUGUGAACAUAAUCCGUACAUAAUUAUAGGCUAAUUGAUUGAUAGAGGAUUAUUAGGAGUUGUCUGAAUAAUGCCUUGUAAUCUGUAUAUAUGCCCCACUUCAAUGGAGAAAUAUACCGAAAUUGCCCAAUUAUUCCUUAUCUUAUUACAUGGUAUUAGAGCCAUUCUCGUAGAAAUUUAAUUUUUUCUCUCCCGUCAAGUUUUAAAUUUUUGGAGACUUAGGGCUCCUGUGCUUUUGUGUUACCCAUCUAGGAUAAUAUUUGUCUCUCAUCGUCCACCUAGGGAGGACGCCGAAGUCGCCUUGUAGCUCUCUUGUCAGAUCUGUGGUUCGUUUGCCGUUUGGGUGUUGGGUGGAGUUGUUUUUUGAUACUGUUCACUGGGUUAUGUUUUGUUAUCCUCCUUUAAUUCGUUUGAAGGUAUAGGAGUAUAGGGUUUUGGUUGAAAUGGUUUCUGACAGUAAGACCCAUGUUAUUAAAAUUAUCUAAACCCCUUCGGUAGCGGCUGAGACAUGUAAAACAUUUCUUAUUUCCUCUUCAUAUAAAUGGGUCAUUGAUUGUGGUGCGACUGAUCACAUGAUAGGUAAUCCUCAUAUUUUUACUAGCUUUCGAUCUCAUAAAGCACCUUCUCCUGUUAUUAUAGCUGAUGGGUCAACCUAUAAUGUUGAGGGUUCUGGGACUGUUAAACCUACUCUUUCUAUUAUCCUAUCAUCUGUGCUAAGUUUACCUAAUCUUACCUUUAAUUUAAUCUCUGUGAGUAAACUUAUCAGACUUAAAUUGUUGUGUUUCCUUUUUUCCUGAUCAUUGUCUCGUUCAGGAUCUUGUGACGAAGCAGAUUAUUGGUAAAGGACAUGUAUUUGGGGUCUUUACAUUUUGGAUGCAUGGGUGCCUCAGUCUGUUGCUUGCUCUAGUGUCGUGUCUCCGUUUGAAGCACAUUGUCGGAUAGGACACCCUUCUUUACCGGUUUUGAAGAAGUUAUGCCCUCAAUUUCGUAAGGUAUCUUUAUUGGAAUGUGAGUCAUGUGAUUUUGCAAAAUAUCAUUGAAGCUCUUUAAGUCCUAGAGUCAAUAAACGAGCUGAGUCUGCUUUGAAUUAGUUCAUUAAGAUGUUUGGGGCUCAUGCCCGGUUGGAUCUAAGACUGGAUUCAGAUAUUUUAUCACUUUUGUGGAUUAUUACUCUAGAAUGACUUGGAUUUAUUUUAUGAAGCAGCGUUCAGAAGUGUUUUCUUAUUUUUCUGUCUUCUGUGCUGAAAUCAAGACUCAAUUUAAUGUUUCUGUGCAAAUUUUGCGGAGCGACAAUGCUAAUAUUCUUCACCAAUCAUCAUGUGUUGAUACACCCGCUCAAAAUAGGGUAGCUGAAAGGAAGAAUUGACAUCUUCUUGAGACUGCUAGAGCUUUGUUGUUUCAAGUGCAAGUUCCUAAGCAAUUUUGGACCGUUGCUGUCUCUACUGCAUGUUUUCUCAUUAAUCGCAUGCCCUCUGCAUUACUAAACAGUAAUACUCCUUAUAAUGUCCUCUUUCCUAAGAAGCUAUUAUUUUCUUUCGAAUCACGACUGUUUGGCAGUACUUGCUAUGUUCGGGAUGUCAAACCUCAUGUGACUAAACUUGAUCCUAAAACUUUGAAGUGUGUUUUUUUGGGAUAUUCUCGCCUUCAGAAGGGGGUAUCGAUGUUACUUUUCAGACCUCAACAAAUAUCUGGUCUCAACAGAUGUAGUCUUUUCCGAGCAAGUUCCUUUUUAUCCUGUUGCAGAAACUUCUCCAGAUCAAUAGGAGGAUGCCUCCUAUUAAACCGUCAGUUAUUCAAGUUUACUCUCGGAGACCAGUACCUGAUGAUACAUGUCCUGCACCAGAAUCUUCUUCGCCAUCAAAUCCACCAUCGAGUGACCUUGACCUCCCCAGUAGUCUUCGUAAAGGUAAUGACAGUGUAAAUCUAUCUAUUUUAUUGCUAACUUUCUGUCUUAUGAUCACCUAUCUUAUUCUUCUACCUCCUUAAUUGUCUCUCUAGAUUUCAUUUCUUUGCUUUAGACAGUUAAAGAGGCUCUGAUUCAUUCUGGAUGGCGUGAUGCAAUGUUUGAGGAGAUCAAGGCUCUAGAUGAAAAUCAUACUUGGGAAUUAGUUGAUUUACCCUCUGGCAAGAAGGCUAUGGGCUGUAAAUGAGUUUUUGCCAUCAAAGUCAAUCCAGAUGGCUUCAUAGCAAGGCUUAAGGCCUGUCUUGUCGCCAAAGGUUAUGCCCAAACCUACGGCGUUGACUAUUCUGACACUUUUUCUCCUGUAGCAAAAAUGACCUCAGUUCGCCUAUUCAUCUCCCUACCUGCUUCUCAGCAUUGGCCUUUACACCAAUUAGAUAUCAAGAGUGCACUUUUACAUGGUGACCUCCAAGAGGAGGUGUAUAUGGAGCAACCACCAGGGUUUGUUGCUCAGGGGGAGUAUGGGAAAGUCUGCCAUUUGAAGAAAUUUUUGUAUAGUUUGAGGCAGAGUCCUUGUGCAUGGUUUGACAAGUUCAGUGAAGUUCAAAAAUUUGGGUUGAGAAAAGGUCAGUGUGACCAUUUAGUCUUUUAUAGAAAUUCAGAUAUUAGUAUUAUUCUCCUUGUUGUAUAUGUUGAUGAUAUUGUCAUUACAGGGAAUGAUAGUACAGGGAUCUCUUCUCUCAAAAACUACUUGCAUGCGAGUUUUCAUACCAAAGACUUGGGUCAGCUUAAGUAUUUCUUAGGAGUCGAAAUCUUGAGGAGUAAAAGGGGAAUUCUCCUAUCUCAUAGGAAUUAUGUCCUUGAUUUACUUGCAGAAACUGGGAAGAUAGGAGCUAAACCAUGUAGCACAUCAAUGAUUCCUAAUAUAUGUCUUACAAAAGAUGACGGAGACCCUUAUGAUAAUCUAGAGAGGUACAGGAGUUUAGUUGGAAAGCUGAACUACCUUAUGGUGAUGACUCGGUUAGAUAUUGCUUUUGCAGUAAGUGUUGUAAGACAGUUCAUACCUGCACUUACGGUGAAACAUUGGGCCGCUCUAGAACAAAUUCUAUGUUAUCGAAAAGGGACUCCUAGACUUGGUAUACUCUACAAAGAUUAUGGACAUGCUGCACUUGAGUGUUUUUCUGAUGUUGACUGGGUGGAAUUCAAAAGUGAUAGAAGGUCGAUUACAGGCUACUGUGUAUUUAUUGGAGGAAAUCUAGUGUCUUGGAAAAGUAAGAAGCAAAAUGUGGUAUCCAGAUCUAGUGCCGAGUCAAAAUACAGGGCCAUAGCUCAAUCCACUUGUGAGAUUCUGUGGAUAAAUUAUCUGCUGAAGGAAGUUGGUAUGAUGUUGCAUCACCCGCGAAACUUUGGUGUGAUAAUCAGGCUGCUCUUCACAUUGCUUUCAAUUCAGUAUACCAUGAACGGACUAAGCAUAUUGAAGUAAGAUUCAAAAAAAUUUAAUCUCUACCAGUUAUAUGAAGACAGGAGAGCAACUGGGUGAUCUACUCACCAAAGCUUUAAAUGGGCUUUCUAAUAAGUUGGGUAUGAUAAAUAUCUAUGAUUCAAUUUGAGGGGGAGUGUUAGAGUGUGAACAUAAUCGGUAUAUAAUUAUAGGUGAUUACAUAAUCAUAGGCUAAUUGAUUGAUAGAGGAUUAUUAGGAGUUGCCUUAACAAGGUCUUGUAAUUUGUAUAUAUACCCACUUACUUCAAUGGAGAAAUAUACCGAAAUUGCCCAGUUAUUCCUUAUCUUAUUACACUUUAUUAAUAGAGAGAUUAAAUUUGUAAAGUGAAAGAAUUCUAAACUUGUGGAAGUUGCUAUACUUACAAGCAUAAAGAUAAUACUAAUAAAAUGCUUAGUAAUAAUAAAAGAAAGUGCUGCCACAUCAUCUUGUCACGUAUUAUAGAAAUAAGUAUAGGCUAAAUAAGAGAGAGAAUAGAAGUGUCUAGAGCGUAUUGUUGUUAUAACUAACUACUAUACAACUAUUUCUAUUUUGACAGCUGUUACAAUAGUAUAAAUAGCAGCUAUACUUACAUGUAAAGGCAUUGAGAAUUACCAAUACCAUUACAGCCUGCUUCUCUCUCAUUUCUCCUCUAUUCUCUUCCCAAACAUUCUUCUAAUUCUAUCCUAAUCCCCGUAAUUUUCUGUUAGAUGUUAACCUAACAGAUCUGACAGUUACAAAAAUUUAGUAGAAUUGAGAGGGAAUUUGAGAGAAGAAGAGAGAGAGAAAUAGAAGAAUUAGAGAGAGAGAGAUAGAAAGAGAAAUAUUGGCUUUAUUGAUUAUGUAUGCCCUGUAUAGGCCUUAUUCAUCUGUUUAUAGACAAGAGAAUUAGAAUAAUUGUUUCCACCAACUUAGCCUAUUGCUUAUUCCUAUAUCUAGUCCUCUUAUAUGUAAUAAUACCCCCUCCUUGAGUACAUUCUUGUCCCAAGGAAUGUGCAAAGUCUGGAAAUUGUGCGAUCAUGAAGGAUCGGUCCUCUCAGGUAGCUUCUUCCGGAGAAAGGUGCUGCCAUCUGAGAUAAAAUUUUUACCAGCUUGUUUUGGCAGGAAUUAUUUAAAUGCUUGGGAGUUAAAUUAGCCUUCAGUUCAGCCUAUCAUUCUCAAUCUGACGGCCAAAUUGGGAGAGUCAAUCUAUGUUUAGAGAAUUAUCUCAGAUGCAUUGUACAUACUUGGGUUCAUCGGCUUCCUAUGGCAGAGUGGGGGUACAACUCUUCGCCAACAGUGCCUUCAAAAUGUCUCCCUUUCAAGCACUCUAUGGGUGCCCUCCUCCAAGUUUUCCUAUUCAGUUGCUUAAUAACAUAGCUGUUGAGGCAGAAAAUCAAUUUUUGCAAGACAGGCAGCAGCAAUCUUAACUUCUUAGGGAGAACUUAUAAAAGGCUCAAAACAGUGUGAAGCAACAAGCUGACAAAAAGAGGACAGAAAGGGAAUUUUCUGUGGGUGACUUGGUGUAUUUGAAGCUGCAGUCAUCCUUGGCUCUGACACACUCUCUUGAACAGUCUGCUAAAUGCUAUGGGCCCUAUAAGAUCACUACAAGGAUUGGGAAGGUAGCAUAUAAAUUGGAACUACCUACUGGUUCUUCUAUUCUCCUUGUUUUUUAUGUGUCUAUGCUCAAAGAGAAGGUGAGAGAUAAGGUGAGUGUCACUGCAGAAUUGUCAAAGCUGCAGGACAAUCUAGUAAUUGUAGCCCCUGAAUUAGUCUUGUGAACCAGAAUCAUCCUCAGGGGAAGAGAAUAGGUGGAACAGGGCCUCACGGUACAGUUUACCUAUAGAAGAUACUACUUGGGAAGAUAGGGCAUUCAUUACUGCUCAGUUUCCUCAUAACACCCUUUCUUGGGGUCAAGAAAGCUCAAAAGCAGGGGGUAUUGUCACAUAUUAUAGAAAGAAAUGUAGGCUGAAUAAGAGAAAGAAUAGAAGUGUCUAGAGUGUAUUGUUGUUAUAACUAACUACUAAUACAGCUGUUUCUGUUUUGACAGCUGGUAGAAUAGUAUAAAUAGCAGCUAUACUCGCAUGUAAAGGCAUUGAGAAUUACCAACCAAUUACAGCCCGCUUUUCUCUUAUUUCUCUUCUCUAUUCUCUUCCCUAACAUUCUUCUUCUUCUUCUCUAAUUCUAUCCUAAUCCCCGUAAUUUCUCUUUCUGCUAUAUUGUUGGAUCCUGCUUUAACACAUCCUUCCUUAUUCUGAAUUGAAUGUUGCUGCUGGUACCUCUUCCCCACAAAUCCGUCCACAACUCUUAUGCUAAUAUUUUUCAUCCUUGAGUUAAUUUUUGGUUUAAUGUUGAUUUAAGCUACUUUGUUAAUCUUUUAAAUUUUCACAGGCAGCCAAUUUGGUCUGAUCCUGCUGCGUUGUGACUGAUUCUGUUAGUUAAAAUUCUGUGCUUAACCUUCUUUUCUCUUCUAUAG